UCGUAAACUUUUCGGAUUGCUUUUAGGAACAUUAACUUAAAAAAUAAUUCGUAGAAAACAUCUUAAUUGUGGACGAAAAACCUUUUUAAUUUUUGAAAUUCAGAAAAGAAAAAAAAUGAAUACAUACUUCGUCGCCGCGGUUGUUUGUGUGUGGAUGAAUUUGAAUUUGUGCAAAGGCUUCACAUUUGACUUGUGCCCGUACCUGAUCAACGGGGGCACAUGUGAGCCGACGUGUCAGUUCGUGGCUAGUCAUCGCUGGGGCAUCCCACUAUGCGUACAUGGCAUCAACAGUUGCUGUAUCCCGCCUGCUCUUAUGAUCCGCCGACGACCACCAACUCCAAAUACGACAACGACAUCAACGACGACGAUGUCGAUGCCAACCAACUCUAACAUAUGUGGGAGAGGUCGUCCCCAUUCGCGCGUGCGUCGUGUUAUUGGUGGCCGGCGUGCGCCUGAGCGUUCAUGGCCUUGGCAGGUGGCCAUCCGUCACUUCACAGGCCGCUACCUGUGUGGAGGAGUUAUUAUUGCCCACCGAUGGAUACUAACUGCGGCCCAUUGUUUCCAAGACACCACGGAUGUCCAGCAUCUACGCGUAUAUGUUGGUCAUCAAUCAUUGCCAUACGGCUCCAACGUCCUGGGACGCAGUCGUAACAUCAAUCGCAUAAUUCAGCACGAGGACUUCCAACCCAACGUUCCGGAAAAUGUCACUGACCCUCAGACGGGCCGUACGUCCACAAUCCAACGCCACCACCACGACCUCGCCCUCAUAGAACUUGUGGACGCACUUGUCUUCACGAACUCUCUGAGGCCUGUCUGUCUACCGGAGCAAGAAGACAACUUGGAGACAAACGAUUGUUGGGUGUCUGGCUGGGGAGAAACUUCCAUUCAAUCGGACGAUGUGAACGAGCAUCUGCAGGAAGUCAGUGGUGUCAUGGAAAGCGCAAGGACCUGCUCACAGCGAUGGGGUGCAAAUUUCACAGAUGGUAUUGUCUGCUUCAGUAGUGGAGGCAGCGGACCAUGCAAGGGUGACUCUGGCGGUGGUAUGACGUGUACACAAGGUGACGAUAGGUCCGUUCUGACAGGAAUAAUCUCUUGGGGGCGGGACGACUGUGUACACGAUGAGCACCCCAGCGUCCUGACGCGUGUGGGCGCCUACCUUCCGUGGAUCCACAACCACAUUGACCUCUGAUCGCCUCCGUUCCUCCUAUAUCAAGGAUGUCUGACAGCGGAGGGCCGCCGACGUUUUAUUGUUGUUACUGCUUUAUCUGAACUCGAUUCGAUUGUCGAAGGCGUGUCAAAGGCGAAAGGCUUUGAAAAAAUAAUGGGUUUAGAACUUGUGAGUACUUAGUACGAAUUAUCAAACCUUUGCCACGAUAUUAAGAACCAGAAACAAUGAAAAGCACAACCUGUAGCUUGUUCAAAGACUUUAACAAAGAUGUCUAUUUUCACCUCCGAUCGAAUUGGUACAUGUACGAUAUUGGUAAUUCUUUAGAUAUUGACAUGAUUUCGGUUUCUUCCCCCCCCCCCAAAAACGAAGUUUAACAACAAAGUUUAUUAUCUACUUCUAAGCCAUUGCAAAGAUCUAUUAAGUUGGCAUACACUGGAAACAAUUCCGACUUUUGGUUAUGUAAUACUGUGUUAUAGUAAAGUAUGUUCAACGCUGUAUAUGUUUCUUUCAAGGUUACUAUGACUAAAUACACAUCAUGUGUAUGUACGAUAGUUUUCUCUGUUAUUUAUAGUUCAUAUAAUACAUAUGUAUAAAUAGUUCAAGUACCAUUUUGCAUUUUGAAAAAAUAUUAUCAGGUUUACUACAAUGUUUGAAAGUUGUUAAAUUUAAUGGGAUUGCAGCAUUUCCAAACGACGUUCAUAGGUUUUGGUGAAUCAGCACUCAGUCGUCAUGGCAUAUAUUCAGGUAGAUAUGUGGGCUUAAAAACAAACAUACUUUUGAGCACUAAACCGGCCAAUGCCAGAUUCUCCAAAUUGGUUAAAAAUAUAUAGAUGCCGUCUUAAAGAUGUUAGUAUUUGUUUUAUACAUUGAACAUAUAAUUAAGAACGGACCUUGUCUUAUUGUUAAAAAACAUGCAUUUUGUGAUACGAUGCUGCUACUUUUAUAAAUUAUGUUUUUAUUCCGAACAUGCGGUAUAUGCCACGGUUGGUAAAAUGACAAAAAGUAACUUUCUGGGCCGAUAUUCUUUUCUUUUAUUAUAUCAUUUAAUCACUUUAUGAAAUCUGAAAUACAAUAUUUUGUUAUCAAAAAGACACACCUUUAUGUUAAAACCACUUUUUUUAUUUUAAUAUGUCUGUGAAAAGGUAAGGAAAUUGACUUAAGUUAAUAAAUUAAUAAAGACGUUUUACAAAUACCGGACCUGGUUGUUCAAUAAUUGUCUAAAACGGUUGAUGAAUCCGAAUGAAUAAAAAUGUCAAUAUAUGUACAAUAUGAAUACAUGCGUUGAAGAAACAUCAGUGUCAAAACAUGUCCCAAAUAAAAUAAAUCACAUUUUA